CGCUCCCGGAAGUGGCGCUCUAGAAGGGGAUAAUAAAGACCGCGGCGACUGCGGGGGGAAGGUGUUUGGGGCUGUCUCUCUAUACACAGUCUCCUCCUUCCCGUGUCCGGGAGCUGAGCCGAGCCUUUUCUGAAAGAAGAGCAGGCCAUCAUGGGAGGUGGAGAUCUGAAUCUGAAGAAGAGCUGGCACCCACAGACCCUCCGAAAUGUGGAGAAAGUGUGGAAAGCAGAGCAGAAACAUGAGGCAGAACGGAAAAAGAUCGAGGAGCUGCAGAGAGAGCUUCGGGAAGAGAGGGCACGGGAGGAGAUGCAGCGCUAUGCAGAAGAUGUGGGAGCUGUCAAAAAAAAAGAAGAGAAACUAGACUGGAUGUACCAGGGCCCUGGUGGCAUGGUGAACCGUGACGAAUACCUGAUGGGACGUCCCAUUGACAAAUAUGUUUUUGAGAAGAUGGAAGAAAAAGAAGCAGGUUGUUCAUCUGAGACAGGACUUCUGCCAGGCUCCAUCUUUGCCCCCUCUGGUGCCAAUUCUCUACUUGACAUGGCCAGCAAAAUACGGGAGGAUCCACUUUUCAUCAUUCGAAAGAAGGAAGAAGAGAAAAAGAGAGAAGUCUUGAAUAAUCCAGUGAAAAUGAAGAAAAUUAAAGAAUUGUUGCAAAUGAGCCUAGAAAAGAAGGAGAAGAAGAAGAAGAAGGAAAAGAAAAAAAAACAUAAGAAGCACAAGCAUCGAAGUUCCAGCAGUGAUCGCUCUGGCAGUGAGGAAGAGCGGAGCCGUGGAAGGUCUCAAAAGAAGAUGGCAAGUCCUCCUCCUGCUUUACCCAAAAUUCCAGGUUAUGGCUUACAGAUUAAAGACACUGACCAUGAUCGGAGACUACCAGGACCUCUGGCUGUUGAAGAUGGGGGAGCACAUAGGGUCAAGAAUUAUUAUUCUAGGUCACGAAGCCCCUCCCAUUCGCCUCCAAAACACCCCAGCAGGAAAGGCACGUGGGAUGCUGAGACUCACAGGAGGUCACGGUCCCCUAAACAUAGUAGACAGCAUAAUUCCAAAGUAAACAGGAAAGAAAGAGGCCGAACUAAGAGCCCUUCUCCAAAAAAGGAAGGUUAUCAAAGGCGACAUGCUUCAGGUUAUACCAGCUUUUUUAGUUGCAAGCCCAAUUCGUUGAUCUUCACUUUCUCUAUGCAAACCAUCUUGGGAGCUGUGGAGAGUUAGAAAUGUUCUUGGAAGCCUUCCUAAUGUAAUUGGAGUUUACACCAUUGCCCUUUGUGAAGUUCUAGUAAAAGACUCAGGAGGAUUUGUCUGUUGGCCUUCCUUUAACUAUUCUGUAGGAUAUGUAUUUGGUAUCAUUAAAAAGUUAGAUGGACAGCUAGUCCUUUCAACUCUAACGAUUCUGUGAGUGCAUUUUUUUCCUCAGACAAAUGAAGAUUGCUUCAGUUCAAAACUUAAAUUUUAAUUAUAGCAACUCUGAGUACUAGAUAAAACGUAGAUAAAAGUGCUUUACCUAAGGUGUGACACAGUAGUUAAGUGAUAGAACUGAAACUAGAAUCCAGGACCACUGACUUUAAGCCUGCUGUUCUUUCUCUACUGUCCAAAGUAUAAAUAAACCCUUUCCUUGUAAUACUAGAUUACUGAAACUCCAGACUUUAUUAAACAGAGUAUUUGAUCUCUUUGAAAUGGCUUUUCUUCUUUGCUUCUCUUCUGCCUCUUCCCCAAACAAUUGGAGUUAAGUGACUUGCUCAGGGUCACACAACUAGUAAGCAUUAAGUGUCUGAGGCCAGAUUUGUAUUCAUGGCCUCCUGACUCUAGGCCAGCGCUCUAUUCACUACACCACUUAGCGUGCCCUAUUUUCCAAUUUGCUUCUUGAGAAUACUAGAAAGAAUAGUCUGUGAUUUGGAAUGUAGAAUGACAGGGAUAACUGUCAUUUUCAUAAGGAAUUAAGUUGAAAUUCCCAAGCCACUAUGGUUUCUAAUUUAGUUCUAAAUAGUGUCUUGUCUCCAGAUUCUCAACCAUUGUCAGACUUGCUUUGUGGCUAAAAACAAAAUCAAUUUUGAGAAGUUCAUUUGUUCAGCAAAUACUUGUGUGUUUAGUAUGUCCAGAACACUAUGCUAACCACUACAUUAUAACUGUGAGCAUGGGAUCUAUUGAUAAUUGAUGUGUCUCAGUGACUCUUAAAAAUCUUUUAUUUGAUUCUGGAUGGUCAAGGGUGCUAUGCUUUCUAGAUCUUCAUCAUUGGCUUUCUUAGAUUAAGGAUCUAAUCUAAGGAUUAGAGGGAGAAAAAGAAGUGUCAAACAAUCUGAGUGUGAGGUGUGGUUACUAAGAGAACCCACUGCUUAUACAGAACUGGCUUUUUCUUCCAUAUAUGAGAUUGUUCCCAGCUGGGAAAAGAUAGAUGUGGAGGGGUUUAUGUUCACAGAAAACUCUCAGCAGAGGAACUAGAGCGAAAACGGCAAGAAAUGAUGGAGAAUGCCAGGUGGCGGGAGGAAGAGAGGUUGAACAUACUU